AUUCUUACUUAACGGUCAAAUCUUCAUCUUCAACUUCUUCUUCUACGGCUUAUCUCCUCUGUAUUUUGCGGUAGCACAACAAUGGAACCAGCAAUAAUCUACUGGAAAAAUGUUCAAUGGAGAUUCGUGGAGGACGAACUGUACGAGCACAUUAACGCCCCGAAAUGGGUUGAUUUCACCGCGAUCCACGACGCUGUCGAUGAUGAGGCCUGGUUUUGUCGCCCUGAUUGUAAGCAUCCGAAAACUGCUGAAGAGCUACUUCGAGUAACUCCUUCGAAGCUUACAAGCCCUGGAUAUAGCUCUGAAACUGUUCGAUCCAGUGAUCGGAAGGGAAGAGAUAGAAAGUUGAAGGGAAGAGGGCAUCCUCAAUCAUCAAACAAUGAGAAUCAGAAUCCCAAUUUCUCAACACCUCAAAACCACACAGCCAAGUCUGUCUUCACUAAGGCAGAGAUCAAAUCCAGCACUGAGAAGAAGCCAAUGGCGGAGGAUGAACGACAGAAGAAUAGUGGGGCGGCUCCAUCGCUGAAAAGCACACUUUCAGCAAGGAACUUAUUUGCAGGGCGAGAUAUUCUGAACCAAAUUACAGAGUUUUGUAAUGAGAUAAAGAGAAUGGCAAUCAGGGUAAGGGAGGGAGAGGAUAAUAAGCAAUUGGCUGUGGAGAAAUGUGUAGAGAAGGAGGUUCCGUUGAAGGAUUCGGUGAAAGAGAGGAAGCCAUUUGGGGAACUCAGUGUAGAGAAAUCUGAUGGAUCAAUCAAUAACAGCAUGAAGCAUAAGAAAAGAAUCAAUAUCCAAACUGCCGGAGAUAGAGAAAACAUCCCGAUCUCUCUAGACUCGGAGAAGGUACGACGACACGAAAGAGAGGAUACUGCAGCACUGCAAAUCCGAACCAAUCCACCGUCUCCUCAAUGCUUUUCCAUGGCACCAAACAAGAUCACCCCUUCAAAGGGCACGAAAUCUAGAUUAAAGGAGAAGGAGAAGGAAAUGAUUGUAGAAUUGGGGAAGGAAAAGGUGUCAAAAAAGGUAUCGUCUUCUUCUUCUUCUUCUUCUUCUUCUUCUGCUGCUGUUGGUGAAAAAGAAGGUAGUAUAGCAUUGGAUGUUCUUUGGUUUCUCAAACCUUGCACUCUUUCAAAUUAAAGAAUCCCGAUAUGGUUUAAUUAUUUAAGCAUGAUUAGUGAUUCAGUCAAACUCGACCUAUUCCACUCUUCAA